AUGAACAAGGUCAAGCAUUUUCGCGAAAUCGUCGAAACGAUAUCCUGCAUUUUCAUGAACGUAUCGAGUCAAGGUAGCACAUUUUCUUGGGAAUCUCGAAGUGUUAUUGAUAUUGCCUCUGAAGACGGACUCAAGUGUAUCAUAACGAAAGCGUACAUCGGCAUCCGUCAGUUUGCUACGAUGCUAUGCAAGACACCAGUGCGCAUUGUGGAAGCUGAGCGGCAAUAA